GUAAUGUCCCACGAUACAAGGGGUAAACUGCCAAUAAACAGGAAGAAGAAACAGGACGCGGAAGUAAACAUUUACGGGUUGACGUGGAGCUUAGCUACGAAUCGAAACGGGUGGAACCUCUCUGAUUUCGACAGUUCUUGUUGUUUCGUGGUGUUCUACGUGACUGUAGCGUUCUCGAGUCGCAAUCGCUCUUGUUCCGCGCUCCAACGCUUUCUCUUGCACCGAAAUGUCGGCGGCCGCAGUUGCGGCGGACGCCAGCCGACCCUUCGCCGGCCUGGCGUCAGUAUCCAUACCGGAGGACACCCCCGUGGAGGGCGAUAUCUCCGUCCCGCUAAACUCGUCGUCAUCUGGCGGGCGUGACGACGAUGAGAUGUCGACGCUGGACGAGCCGGUGAAGGAGACCAUCCUGAGGGACCUCCGUGCUGUGGGCAAAAAGUUCGUGCAUGUCCUGUACCCCAAACAGAGCUCGGAACUGCUGCGGGAUUGGGACCUGUGGGGCCCACUGCUACUCUGCGUCACCCUGGCGUUGCUCCUACAGGGUGGCGCUGCUUCCCCGCCCGGCGGCGACCAGGGCGGCCCGCAGUUCGCUGAGGUGUUCGUCAUCGUGUGGUUCGGCUCCAUCAUCAUCACGAUGAACUCUAAGCUUCUGGGUGGUACCCUCUCCUUCUUCCAAAGUCUGUGUGUACUGGGCUACUGCAUCAUGCCACUGACAGCGGCCAUGGUGGUGUGCCGGCUGGUUCUGCUGGGCAGCGAGGGAGUCGUCAGCUUCGCUGUGCGUCUGGCCGUGGUGGCGGCGUCCUUCGGUUGGUCCACCUUUGCCUCCACAGCCUUCCUGGCAGGCAGCCAGCCGCCCAACCGCAAAGGGCUGGUGGUCUAUCCAGUCUUCCUCUUCUACUUUGUUAUUGGCUGGAUGAUCCUCACGUUCUCGCCAGCACAGUAGAAGAACUGGAAGAGUAAAAGUGGAUAUAUCCUGGGGGGGAAAUACAAAAAACAAAAAAAAAACUAUAUAUAUAUAUAUAUACUGAGAGGGCUAGUAGUGAAUGAUUGUUUAUAUGCCAUUGACUGCGAUAUAUACGUUCAAGCCUUUUCCAACGGGAGUGCUGCAAGUGAUUGAACGAUCUGUCACGGUCUAUCAGUCUUUGGAUCGGAUGUCUAUCACAGUCGGUGGCAGCCGACUAGUAAAUUUGCUCUUUAUUGCUGUGGGGAAAUACAACCUUACAAAAGUUCACUAGCUUAAAUGCUAACCUAAGUUUACACUAGGUCAACUUGGUUAAGUUGUAAAGGUUGACACGCAUUUUCAUUGCCAUUAGGUGGCAAAACUUGUUAGCAGUCACUGGAAAUCUGCUUAGUUAAUCUUGUACCUCACAACAUGGGACAGAUAAAGUUUUAGCGUGUUUGUCACAGGGAACACAAAGCAUAUUUUACAUGUAAAUAGGAGGACAUAACGGACAAAAGAAAGCUGUUUUCAGAUGAGGAAGCAGCACGUUAGUGUGACAGAAAGUUGAAUUACCGUAUCUUGUUAGGUGAUGCCAAUAUUAUUUUUCUCUACUUUUCCUCUUUCUACAAAAAAAGCACACUUUGCUUGUAAUAUUUUGCAAUUUAAAAUAAAUAUUACAUUGAACACAUUGCA